AUGGUUAGAGGUUCCACAUCGACAUUUUAUUUUGAAACAUAUGUAAACGAGGAGAAAUUAUUACAGAUACUACAAUGUUUUUUAAAAAGUGGCUCUCUGUCGUAUUAUCGUUAUUUAUCAUACGUUCUUACACGUAUUAAUGGAAAAGAUUGUGUGAAAAUUAUUGGCGUAUUACAAUUUGUUAAGCGUUCUUCAACACGAACAGUUCGGGCUUUGUUUGAAAGUGGAGAUGUUUAUAUUGACACAAUUCAACCCAGUCAGAAACCGAAUGUUUUAUCAUUUAUGAAAAUGUAUGUGUUGGGGAGUCGUCAUCGUGUGGAAUGGUCUGAAACCAAAUGGUCUAAAACAUCAUUUAGUUUUGGCGGUCGAAAAAUAUUUAAUAAGGAAUUUGAAAAAAUGGAACCCUAUAUUAAAACAUUGGAAUUUUCUAGAAAAUAUGAUAAGGAUGAUUUUCCCUAUGACUUACCUGGUGCUAGAAUAAUUUGUAAAUUUAAAGCUCAUUUAGAUAGAUGUAUAAUGAACAUUUAG